AUGGCUCUCUCCAUCGGAGCCACGUCGGUGCUCGCACUAAUCCUGUUCACGUGUGGUCUCGUGUUCGCUGCCUCUCCAGCGGAAGCGGCGGGCGACAGCGUGGACGCCGGCGACAAGCUGAUGAUGGACCGGUUCCUCCGGUGGCAGGCCGCCUACAACCGUUCCUACCCGACCGCAGAGGAGAAGCAGCAGCGGUUCGAGGUGUACCGCCGGAACAUUGAGUACAUCGAGGCCACCAACCGGGCGGGCAACCUGACGUACCAGCUCGGCGAGAACCAGUUCACCGACCUCACGGAGGAGGAGUUCCUGGAUAUGUACGCCAUGAAGGGGAUGACGGGGCGCGUCCAUGGCGGCGCCAGGGCCAACGCCUCGCUAUCCGAGGGCGUCGCCGUGGACGCUCCGACCAGCGUCGACUGGAGGUCCAAUGGCGCCGUGACGCCGAUUAAGAACCAGGGCCCAUCGUGUUCUAGCUGCUGGGCAUUUGUGACGGCCGCGACGAUAGAGAGCAUCACCAAGAUCAAAACAGGAAAGCUCGUUUCCCUGUCGGAGCAGGAGCUCAUCGACUGCGACCCCUACGACGGUGGCUGCAACCUCGGCUAUUUCGUCAACGGCUACAGGUGGGUCAUCCAGAACGGUGGCCUCACCACCGAGGCGAACUACCCGUACCAGGCGCGCCGGAACUACUGCAGCCGCUCCAAGGCCGCCAACCACGCCGCCAAGAUCUCCGACUACGUGCAGGUGCCGGCCGGCGAGGCCGAGUUGCAGCGCGCCGUGGCGCAGCAGCCCGUGGCCGCGGCCAUCGAGAUGGGCGGCAGCCUGCAGUUCUACAGCGGCGGCGUCUUCUCGGGGCAGUGCGGGACGCGGAUGAACCACGCCAUCACUGUCGUCGGGUACGGUGCGGACGCCUCCACAGGGCUCAAGUAUUGGAUCGUCAAGAACUCGUGGGGCCAGAGCUGGGGCGAGCGCGGCUACCUGCGGAUGCGCCGCGACGUCGGCCGCGGCGGCAUGUGCGGCAUCGCUCUCGACCUUGCAUACCCGGUCGUGUGA